CUCGGGCGGAGGCCUGCGGAGCUCGGGGCCUGCUUGGAGUUUGGGGCCCGGACCUUGGGGUCCGCUCCGCGCGCCGGCCAGCCCUCCCCCCGUCGCGCCCCCUCGCGCUCCGGGCGGGCCCUGCACGUCUCGCGAGCGGCCCGGAGCGGCGGGGGAGGCGGGGCCGGGCAGGGCCGGGCCGGGGCGGCGCCGAGGCCCGGCGGGAGCGGAGCCCGAGCGGAGCGGGCGGCGGGGGGCCGCGGGCCGCGAAGAUGGCGAACGUGGGGCUGCAGUUCCAGGCGAGCGCGGGGGACGCGGACCCGCAGAGCCGGCCCCUGCUGCUGCUGGGCCAGCUGCCCCACCUGCACCGCGUGCCCUGGAGUCACGUCCGCGGGAAGCUGCAGCCCCGGGUCACCGAGGAGCUGUGGCAGGCUGCUCUAAGCACGCUCAACCCCAACCCCACGGACAGCUGCCCCCUCUACCUGAACUGCGCCACAGUGGCUGCGCUGCCCUCGCGGGUGAGCCGGCACAACAGCCCCUCCGCAGCGCACUUCAUCACCAGGCUGGUGCGGACCUGCCUGCCGCCGGGAACGCACCGGUGCAUCGUGAUGGUCUGCGAGCGGGCCGAUGUCUUCGCCUCUGCCUGUGCUCUGGCCCGAGCCUUCCCGCUGUUCACCCACCGCUCCGGUGCUUCCAGGCGCACAGAGAAGAAGACGGUCACGGUGGAGUUUUUCCUGGUGGGACAAGACAAUGGGCCAGUAGAAGUGUCCACAUUGCAAUGCUUGACCAAUGCCACGGACGGCAUCCGGCUGGCAGCCCGCAUUGUGGACACACCCUGCAAUGAGAUGAACACAGACACCUUCCUUGAGGAGAUUAAGAAAGUUGGAAAAGAUCUGGGGAUCGCCCCAACCAUCAUCCGGGACGAGGAGCUGAAGACCAGAGGGUUUGGAGGAAUCUAUGGUGUUGGCAAAGCCGCCCUCCACCCCCCAGCUCUGGCCGUCCUCAGCCACACCCCCGACGGAGCCACCCAGACCAUUGCCUGGGUGGGCAAGGGGAUCGUCUACGACACCGGGGGUCUCAGCAUCAAAGGGAAGACUACCAUGCCCGGGAUGAAGAGAGACUGCGGGGGUGCUGCAGCCAUCUUAGGGGCCUUCAGGGCUGCCGUCAAGCAGGGUUUCAAAGACAACCUUCACGCGGUGUUCUGCUUGGCUGAGAACUCAGUGGGGCCCAACGCAACGAGGCCUGAUGACAUCCACCUGCUCUACUCAGGAAAGACAGUGGAAAUCAACAACACGGAUGCUGAGGGCAGGCUGGUGCUAGCGGAUGGUGUGUCCUACGCCUGCAAGGACCUGGGGGCUGACAUCAUCCUAGACAUGGCCACGCUGACCGGAGCACAGGGCAUCGCCACGGGCAAGUACCACGCUGCCGUGCUCACCAACAGCGCCGAGUGGGAGGCGGCCUGCGUGAAGUCCGGGCGGAAAUGCGGGGACCUCGUGCACCCCCUCGUCUACUGUCCCGAGCUGCACUUCAGCGAGUUCACCUCGGCCGUGGCCGACAUGAAGAACUCCGUGGCGGACCGGGACAACAGCCCCAGCUCCUGUGCUGGCCUUUUCAUUGCCUCACACAUUGGCUUCGAUUGGCCUGGGGUCUGGGUCCACCUGGACAUCGCCGCGCCUGUGCACGCAGGUGAGCGCGCCACGGGCUUCGGGGUGGCCCUCCUCCUGGCACUCUUCGGGCGAGCCUCUGAGGACCCUCUGCUGAACCUGGUGUCCCCGCUUGGCUGUGAGGAAGACUCCCAGGAGGGGGACACGGACAGGGACUCCAAGAGGCGUAGGCUUGUGUGAGGCUGGCUGCCUGCCUGGCCCAGUGGCAGGGGCUCUGCCUCACUUUGCACUGAUUAAUUUUAAGCAAUUGGAAGAUUAUACCUUAAGAUGGGCUUUGGUUUGUUUUUGUUUUUAGUUGUUGUGGUGAUGGAAAUGGCUCCUAUGUCUUAGACAACAGCUCGGGGGGGGGGGGGGGGGGGGGGGCCUGAGGAAGGGCUGGAAGCAUUGGGCUGUGUAAGUGGUCGGCAGGCCUCCCACCAGCUUCUGCACUUGCUUCCUGGGGCCUCCGCAUGGACAGCCCAACGCCUUUGGCUUACUGGCCCUCAGGCCUCCUGCAUUCAGGCCUCCUGCGUCUACUUGGUGCCCAGAUGGGUGCCUAUGGCCCUGUGUCCUGCCCCAGGUUCCCCACAUGGCCCUCGUCACGGAGAGCCCAGGCCCGUGCUCUGGCCUGGGCUGCUGCUGUGUCCAGACAGCCCACCCUUUUGAAAGGAUGGAGGUGACUUGCGUGGGGACUCACCUUUAUAAAGCAAGAGGAGUCUGCUCUGGCCCCUUAGAAUUCACUGGCGGUUGAAUUAAAUGCGGCUGCACCACAUCA